GCGCUGCGCAACGUAACGACGUCGGCUGAAUGGCACGCUUGCGUUCUGUAGUCGGUCGCGUUGGUACCCGGAUGGGAAAUACUUCCUGGUCACGAUGCUAAGCCCAGCCGAGCUGUUUGCUGUACGCAGUCGGGAGAAAAGCCUGCCCCAGCGCGCCCAUGGACAGAAGGACUUUUUACCUGAUGGUUCAGAGACGCAAAGUGAGAAGCUGCAUCUCUGUCGUAAAGAGCAGUGGGAACUUCUGAGAGAGGAGCGUGUGGAACGCUUGGGAAGCCUUGUGAGUGGUGUCUGGAAACCUCAGGAGUUGUUGGUGGAGUUGACAUCCCCAGCCGGCAAGUUCUGGCAGACCAUGGGAUUCACAAACCAAGGGAAACAGUGCCUUUUACCUGAAGAAGCUGUUUACUUGCUGGAGUGCGGCACCAUCCAGCUAUUCUACAGGAACCUGCCUUUGUCUGUUCAGGAAGCAUAUGAAAGGUUGCUUACUGGUCAAACAAUCAGCCUGCUGCAAUAUCAGGUGUAUAGUCAUUUGAAAAGAUUAGGCUACAUUGUAACUCGCUUUGACCCCAGUUCUGUUCAAUCUGUGUAUGAGAGGCAAAUAAAUAUGAAAAGUUGCAGCAGACUGCAUCGAAAACGUAAACGGAGCUCAAGCCCAGGGUUAAAAGCUGGUGUAGAGCAGAAUGUAACUAUACAGCCAGACAAAGGAGAAGAUGGAAACAGUCACUGUUUAGAUAACAUAAAGUCCACAUAUGAGACAAUUGCAGGAAACCAUGCCACAGAAGAAUCUUGCAAAGUUGAUGAUCCGUCAGAGCGCACACAUUCUGUAGAACAGUCAAACCACAAGUAUCUCCUUGAUGGUAGAGAAGAAAAAGGCAAUUGUGAAGCUUCUGGCAAGUUGGAAAACACUUUAAUAGAAAAUGUGUCAUCUUUCUGUUGGGACUUUUCCAAUGUUUUCUUUCCAAACUGUGCCCCAACCCAUUCUUACACUUUUCUCCCCAAACCUGACCUUGCACUGCUACCUGAAAAUGUAGUAGCGCGUGAAUUAGACUUAUCUCAAUGGCUGCAGAAAAUAAAUCUAAAAAAAGAGAAAAUGUCCCAAAGGGAGCAAGAGCAAUGGGACUGGGAACGCAGAUUUAAGACCAGUGUCAAUGCAGACCCCAAGGUUCAGAGCUGCUCAAACUGGAAGGAGUACAAAAACCUCCUGCAGAACAGAGGACUCCUAAUCCACAAAGAGAAACCUCCCCAUCUCUGGGCUAGUACUGUGAAUCCUUUGUUGAUGCCUGAGAAUGGGAAAACAACAGCCUCUGUUCUGGAACAGAUCACAGUAAUGAGCCCAUCCCACCUUAUUGAUCAUUUUGAGAGGCAGCAGAACUAUGCAACAAAUGUGUACCAUAUUGACUUUGAUGUGUAUCAAGCUGAUGGAACCUCAGAAUUCAGAAAAUCCAGACCAGGAAGACCAUAUGCACGGAUAUGUGUGCGCAGCUUUGAUGAACAGAUCCCCUCCCUACGUACAAUGAAACAUCUGACAAUGAAAAGUGGAGAUGCACCUGUUGUGUUUGCCCUUGUAGACUGUGGAGAAGUAGCAUUUUACUCUUUUAAGGACUUCAAGCUGCCUGUGGAUGUCUACCCUUGAGAGGGAUGAGGAGCCCAGAAUGGGCAAAUCUGCAUUUUGCAACAUUCAUAUAUUCAUAUUUUGUCUAAUUUUAGUUAUUUCUUAGAUUUGUGCAGCAAGAUUAAAAAUGUUGACAUGUUUGUGUUUUUAUGAA